AUGACCCCUCGACCUGUGCUCAUCUCGACGUCAUUGCCCACUGACUAUCAGCACGGCCCGAAGACGGCCGGGAUUAUUGAGGCGUCGUCGAGUUUUUUCAACAACUACAUACAGUUGUCGCAUAAUUCGUGGUUUCAAGGAUGGCCGUCACGAUUGGCGUCUUCACCACGGCCGCCAUUGUCUCCCCAGGUACGGGAGAUGGCAGCAGCCGCAACUGCCCUGCGACACACCCCUGACUACAGUGGAGCCGAAACUGACAGCGAAACACAGCCCCCGUCCGACUCCGAGUCAAUCCCGGCCCCGGCCGUCUCCCUGUUACAGAAAAUGGAGCAGCUAAACAAAUCCAACGAAGAGGACUGCCGGUCGGUCACCUCAAAAAAGAGCGGCGGAUCGAGCGGCUCUACCGGCGGCGGCAAGAGGGAGCAAAGCGUACAACCAGAAGAGGAGGAAGAAGACCUAUGGUCUAUCUGGGGAGAGCUCAUCAGAAACUGGGAGUACGAAGUGAAAAAGCGGCCUAAUUAUAUUAAGGCCCUUGUUAAACGAGGUAUCCCGCAACAUUUCCGAACGAUAGCAUGGCAGCUGUUAUCGAACGCCUCAGCCUCUUCAAUUCACGAUUUGUAUUCAGAUUAUAUGCGUCAAAGUAGUGUGUAUGAGAAGGUCAUUCAAAGGGAUAUCCCGCGCACAUAUCCUGAGCUUGAAUUCUACAAAGAUGGCGGCCGAGGCCAGGCGGCACUCUACAACGUCAUCAAGGCGUAUUCAAUCCACGAUAAAGAAGUCGGGUACUGCCAAGGCAGCGCAUUUAUUGUUGGCCAGCUUUUGCUACAGAUGCCAGAGGAAGAAGCUUUUGCCGUUCUCGUCCGAUUGAUGGAAAACUAUAGGCUACGAGAAUUGUAUAAACCCACGAUGACCGAUCUGGGACUCAAUAUGUUCCAAUUGGAAUUUAUGGUCCAAGAGCAGAUGCCCGACCUCUACACCCAUUUCACAAAUAUGGGUUUUGAUACCUCCAUGUAUGCGUCUUCUUGGUUUUUAACGCUCUUCACCACCACCCUCCCCUUGGAUAUUGCCAAUCGGAUAAUGGACUGUUUUCUUGUUGAGGGAAUGGAAUACAUCUUCUCCGUGGCGAUGGCCAUCCUCCAACAGGCCCGAAUCGACCUCCUCCGAUUAGAUAUGGAAGGAAUGUUGAAGUAUUUCCAACGUGAGAUCCGGGAACGCUUCGAAAAUGACCCGGAGCUCCUCUUUGCCGUCGCCAAUCAAGUCCAAUUAAAUCCGAAAAAGAUGAAGCGAUUGGAGAAAGAGUAUAUGACAAAGAGGACAAAAGAGCAAGAGGAAGCUGUAGAACUCAGGCGGUUGCGGACUGAAAACCGACUACUUCGCCAGCGUAUCGACUACCUUGAAGCUGAAUCGAGCGCAUUGGCGGAUCGACUUGUGAAAGGCCAGGUCAAUCUCGCGCAAGAAGCCGAAAACUGCAUCAGUAUCUCCCAUGAACUCUACAAACUGCGCGACAUCAACUCCGAUGCUCACAAGAAGCUUGAGGACGCCUAUGAGACGAUCAGGGAAUUGUCCUCCGGGCGCCGCGGUGAAUCUGUGGAGAUCGGGAUCCAAGUGGAUGAUACCGGAAUGAUUGAGCACAUUCACGCCCUCCAGCAAGAACUCAUCGAGACCACCAACCGAAAGGCCGACAGCGAGAAUACGAUUCGGGAUCAGAAGAUUCGAAUCCAGGAACUCGAAACAUCCAACAAACGCCUCCGUGAGCAUGAGCCUGCAGAAGGUAUCGCGUGCCUCCAAGAAGAGCUCAUUUCCGUCAAAAUGCGAGAAGCUGAAGCCAACCUCUCACUAAAAGAAAUGAGGCAACGGCUAUCCGAGCUCGAGCAGCAGUGGGCCAAAUAUGUCCAUGUGCGAGCAUUUGACCCAGCAUCGGCCACCCUCCAAGAAAAUGGAACCACACCAGCCGACACUCCAGCCACAACUCCGCAACAGCCUUCGCCACCCCUCACGUCAGCCAGGGCUCGAUUAGCGAAAAUCACGGCAACCCUAAUGGGGUCCGGUUCGGAGGAAGAUCACGGAAUCUCAGUCCGAGAACUGGAAGACCAGCUGAUGGGUGUACGAAUUAAAGAAGCCGACACAGUGGCCGAAUUGAAGGAGAUGAGGCAAAAGGUGAUGGAAAUGGAGACCCAGAACCAUGUCUGCACCAACCAGUUGAGAAGGCAGGACGAAGAAUUGAAGAGGCUGAAGGAGGACAAGAUCAUGAUCCAAAAAGCCAAGAAAGAGAUGGAAGAGUCGUUGAAGUCCGAAAAGGCCAAGAUCAUGCAACGCGAGUCGGAGCUGAAUGAGGAGAGCAUCAUGCAGAGGUUGAAAUAUUCGGAAGCGAUCCAGAACCUCACGGAUCUACAGCAAAAGAUCAAUCAUCUUGAGCUGAAGAGCGCUGAGAAAUGGACGAAGAAUCAACUUCGUGGGUCCUCGGUCUGUGAUCUAGAGGAUGAUUCGAGCUGUGCGGGUUCCCAUCACUCGGUGGUUUCCGGUGGUGACGCGAUGAGUCUGGCUUCCGAUGACAUGAGCGCCAUCGUCGCCGACUUGACCAUGAAAGUCCCUCAACUUGAACGUGUUCAAGACGAAACUGAAACCGAGGAAGGCCUCCGACCACCGGAGAAGCAAGACGGAAACGACACCACCGACUCCGGAAUGCACCUCUCUGACGGUCAU